AGAGACGAGGAGGGCGCAGUGCCCGUGGCUGGGUUUCCCCGCUCCGUCUCAAGCACCACACAGAGCCUGGCGGCUUGGCAGCCCUGCCCCGGGGCCGAGCCGGGCCGGCCGCAGUGGGUGGCGCCGCGGCGAGGAGCGCCGGAGACGCCCCGCAGCUGCCGCCGGCCCCGGGCUCAUGGCAGCGGCCGCCUGCUGGCGGAGGGCCCCGCGGCCUCUCGCCUGGCGCCCGGCACCGCUGCGCUGGGCCAGAGGCGGCGGCGGCGGCCGCAAGGCCCAGGACGAGCCCGGACCGCGCCCGGGCCUCACGGCGCUGGAGCGGCGGAUCGCGGCGCUGCACCGCCAGGCCUGUGCGGCCGGCCGGCACACCUACGUGGAUCCACUCACUGGCUAUUUAGUGUUCACUCAAGUUGCCCACUUGCAGAGAGGUAAAUGCUGCGGCUCUGCCUGCAGACAUUGUCCAUACGAUCAAGCUAACGUAAAAGACCCGUCCAAAAAGAAGCGGUUCAACUCCUUUUUCUACGUUUGACCAUUCAUGCCUUUGUCUUCUCCAGAGCCCACAGGAAGCAGAGCCGGAGUUAGCUCUUUGUGGCUUGGACUGCUCAAAUAGUGGUGACCCCCUGACGCUGCCUUGUGGGGAAUGCAUUUUAAUUGUAAUAAAAAACUAAUUAAAUCCCA